AUGGACAGUGGGAUCCACACUCUGGAGGUUGGCGAGGCUGAUGUCAACUGGGAGCUGAUCCGGGACAAGGUCGUCGAGGAGCGCUUCGGGCCGACGGUGGUGCCGGUGCCCUUCCUGGAGGACGCCGCCUCCUACGACCUGCUGACGGUGCUGAUCAAGAAGGCGCCGCUGGGCCAGGGCCUCCUGCGCCGGCAGCGCUGCCUGGUGCCCGUCGGGCCGCUGGAGCACCUGCUGGCGGGGGGCGCGGCGGCGGCGGCGCGGGAGCUGACGCACUGCACGCGCGAGUACAACGCCCGCGUGCGCGGCGAGUCCCGCUACGAGGAGACGCGGCUGGCGGGCGGCGCCCUGCGGCACCUGCGCCUCACCAUGGCCGGCGUCCACAAGAAGGUGGCCUUCCUGGUGCUGCGCCCCGGCGCGGUGGCCCUGCGCCCGGACCUGCCCUGGCUGCGCGCGCGGAGCAGCAUCUACGUGGUCUACGAGGUCUUCUACUGCGGCAGCCUGACGCUGGCCGUCACCCAGGGGGCGGCGCAGCGCAGCUUCCACCGGGCGCAGCCCCUCCCGGUGGCCUUCUCCUGCCUCAAGUUCGCCCUCAGCGGCAAGGGGGUGCUGGGCUCCCAGAAGCCCAUGGGCCACAGCUUGCCCGCGCGGGCGGCCUGGGUCCGAAUGGCCGUGCUGGAGGCCCCCGGCCCGGCGGCGCCCUUGGAGACCGCCCCGCCCAGGGACAGCCCCGCCGGCCGCAAGCGGUGGAGGCCCCUGAGCAAGGCCUCCCGGAGCCUGGCAGGGAAAUGGCCCUUCCGGCAGCACCACCCCAAGCGGGGACCCUCCCCUGCCAGCCUGGCCGACCCGGAGAGGCACUCCAUGUCUCUGCCCCUCCUGCAGAGUGUCAUGGCCGAGAGCGACACGGAAGAGUGAGCCACCAAGAGCCACCGCAGGCAAUAAAGCCUU